AUGUCGGAGGCGCUCGCAGUCAUCGACGAUGGCGCGGGUUCCCCGCCUCCAGCCGACGAGCCCAGCUUUACCCGACUGUCGAUCCGAAUGGUGCGUCAGUGCUGUGUGUGCGAUUGCUCUGAGUCACGCCAGUCAGGAUGGAUGUGCGAGCACAUUGUCGCGGCGAUGGCGCUCCUCGAGAAGAUCAGCAUCGACGCGCUGUUGAGUGUGCUGCCAGUUCGACGACGCCCGGGAGGUCAGUUCAAAUGCCGCGGCGCGCUUGCCCGCACGCGGUUCAACAAAAGCGACGCGCGGUUCUUCGGUGUCUCGCACCUGGAGCAGCUUUUCAUGGAAAGCCCCGCCGCGCCAACACACUGGCACGUGACCAAGGAGUUUAGUGUGAAGAACAGGGGGCAAGUGCUACGUGAGCAUGUGCCUGGACAUGUCGACCGUUGGCUCGAAAAUGGCGGCCGCUAUCAGUGGAAGGUCAAGUUCUCAACCGGAAAUCCUUUUGUGUGUGUACUCGGAGAUCAUCCUUUUUGUACUCGCGAGUAA